AUCUUACAUUUAUUUAAACUUCAGCUCUAUGUCUUCUAGAAGGAUGUCCACUGAUGAAGACGCCCCACAGCCUCUCUCCUCCUCCUCCUCCUCCUCUUCCUCCUCCCACUCCCCCUCCUCUUCCUUUCCUCCUGCAGACUCUCAUUACAUUGGGAGAAAGGAGGACAUAGUGAGAGCAGGCAGAGUGACCAGGGUGCUGAACGGCUGCAGAGAUGUCCUGAUUCUGCACCACCAGGGACAGAUCUAUGCUAUGGACAUGCGCUGCUACCAUGCUGGUGGUGGGUUACAACAUGGAGACAUAGAGGAGUUCAAUAGCAGGCUAUGCAUCGUGUGUCCCUAGCAUAAGUACAAGAUAAUCCUGGCUGAAGGAGAGGGCCUUUACCAAGCAGUGGACAACCCCACAGUGACACCGCUGUGGACAGAGUGGCGUUCGAAAGGCGUGAAGCAGCGCAUACACCAGGUCACAGUGGUCAAAGGCCACGUGUAUGUGACCCUGAACACGCACACCGAGGAAGUGGAGUCUGACAGGUAUCAGAGCCACAAACACAGGACUGCCCUCUGCAAAGAUCACACAAGAACGAACACAUAAUAUAAUGUGGAUGUU